CUCGCGAUAACUCGCGUUGCGUUGAAGCAGCAGCUGGGCGGAAAAGGCGGGAGAAGACUGCCGCUUCCGCGUCCGCGCAGCACAGACACAACGGUAGGGCAAAAUGGACGAUAAGUUAAUAUUGGCCGUAUUUAAUUUCCCAGAGCUGUACAAUGUCACUUUGCCGAAUUACCGCUGCACGGAAAGUCGGGCAAAUGCCUGGAGAAACAUCAGCAUCCUACUGGGUUUCCCAUCUGAGGAGUGUAAAAGAAAAUGGAAGAACAUGAGAGACCGGUACUUGAAGGAAGUCCGAAUGGAGAUCAAAAGCAAGAAGCAAGGGGAGAUCGUACAGAGUAGAUGGAAAUACAGACAACUUAUGAAUUUUAUCGCACCCUUCACUGGAUCAAGAAGUGGGGUGGCAGACAUCUGUGGCAACAAUGAUGAAGACCACGACAAUCCUGACAAUGAAUCUGGCAGUGCGGAGGGAGAAACUGCAUCGUCUGAGGCAGUCAAAACGCCACAGUCCAUCAUGAAGGCCCCUGUAAGUCAACCUGACCUCAAACCUCAAGUAGCAUUUGUGACACAGCUUCCUUCAAUGUCUCAAGACACACAGAUGGCGCAGCUGGCUGUUAUGGCCAAGUUGCCAUCAAGCCCACAGAUCACCCCUGUCAGCAAAACUGGACGGAAACGGCGCCUGAUGCAAGAGUCACUUUCACCACCUUCUUCUCAAAGUACAACAUCCCCUACAAAAUGGCUGGUCAAAGACAAUGGCACCUCAUUUCCCUCCAGGCCACGGGAUGAAGAUGAACUGUUUCUGCUGAGCUUUGUCCCCGCUCUGAAACGACUUGCUCCACAGAAAAGGUGCGAGACAAAAAUAAAGAUCCAGCAGAUCAUGUAUGAAGCAGAGUUCAACAUUGCACAGUCAGAAUCCCAAGAGAAACAGACAGAGCCAGAAACACAGGACUAAGCCAA